GCCACUCAUACAAUGCAUGAAGACCAUCCCUUGCAGCACUGCUGAGUGUGAAAGGGGCUUCAGUCUCAUGAACAAUAUAUGCACAGACAAGAGAUCGACACUGUUGUUGUCAAAUGUAAGUCAUUUGAUGAUGAUCAGCAUCAAUGGGCCCCCUGUAACACUUUUUGAGCCAAGGAAGUACGUCACAACAUGGCUGAGAAGCCAUCGCUCUGCCAUGCAAGCAAGGAGGCAAUGCACACCUCAGAUGCCUGAGUACAAACAUAUCUGGAAAGCUCUGUAGACUACCAGACUAUGUCUAGAAGUGUUCCAUCCUUUUUUCAGGGCUUGUGGACUAACACAGUGAACCCAGUAUGGACAUGUUGAGUGCUUUUUCAACCCUCAUUUAUUGAGGUGAAGCAUAUUUGUUAAUUUGUUUCUUGUUUGAAGCUAAUUUGUCUUGUAGCACUUCAAGGAU